AUGCCGGAAUACGUUGAUCUCUUUGGACCGACCGACAUGCCGAGCUCUUGGUGGGAUAAAUGGGAAAGUCGCUCGGAAUAUUAUACAGAAACCCGCGAUCCGAUACCCGAGCGUGCUAAGUACGGUCAAGUAGUCUCACCCGGAGCAGAACUAGCUAUUUACGACACGCCCCGCCCUAUGCUUGCUCUUAACCCGGAUGAUCGAUGCACGGCGGCGGAAGUCCUCGAGUCGAAUUGGAUGACACAAUGGGCCUUGCCUGAAUAUCAAAAGCUAAAGAAGUGA